GAGGCUGAGGAGGUUCAGAGGAGGUUCAGAGGAGGAGGAGAUGAGGAUCGGGUCUAACGCAGGGUGAAGGACUCGUCCUGGGAGAGCAGGACCAGAUCCCUGAGAGCGUCCCAGCUCAUCACAGACACCAGAGGAGUUCUCAGAUUCCAGAGGAGUGGAUGAGAACAACAUGAGACUUCCUAAAUGCUGGGCAGCGCACAGGUGUGUGUUGGUAGUUGUUGUGGCUUUAGGUGUUCUGUGGAUGGUCUCUCUACCGUGGACGGAGACGGAGAUAAGCAAACCUCUGGACUGGCACGUCAACCAUGCACAUAAAAAGCAGGUGCACGAGCACGUGCGCAGAGUUCUGGGGAGUCGGUGUCGUCCCAGAGGCACCAGGCGGAGCUUGUCGGAUCGCCUCCCAGCUUCCAGUCACAUGACCCAGCCCUUUCUGUGGAAGGAUGUGCCGUUCCCGAAUGAUCUCUUCCUGUAUCCGCCACCCUUCGGCUUCAGAGGUCUCCAGGGAAAAGUAGAGGACCUGCUGAAGCAGCUGCCAGACUCUGACUCAGUGCCGCAGGCAGAGAAGACAUCAGAUAAAUGUCGGCGGUGCGUGGUCAUGGGAAAUGGAGGCAUUCUCCGAGGCCUGGAGUUGGGCUCACUGAUUGACCAGUUUGACAUGAUUAUCAGGUUAAACAGUGGGCCUUUGGGAGAAUUCAGCGUUGACGUCGGGAAUCGAACCAGCAUCAGGAUGAGUUACCCAGAGGGCACACCGCUCCAUUGGAUGGACACAGACCCUCACACUCUGUUUGUAGCUGUGGUGUAUAAAGGUGUAGACAUCAGCUGGACCUCUGCCAUGGUCAACAAGCUCACUGUGCCUCUCUGGGACUGGCUCUUCUUCUGGCAGAAGGUUCCUGAUCAGCUCCAUCUUGAGUCCCACAGGUUCAGACUUCUAAACCCACUUGUCAUCAGAGAGACCGCUUUGGACCUACUGCAAUACCCUCCACCAGGAUCCCAUCUGUGGCGAAGCGACCAGAAUGUGCCUACCAUUGGGGUCUCUGCACUGAGUUUAGCCAGUCUGCUGUGUGACGAGGUCAGCCUGGCAGGCUUCGGUUACAACCUUUCCCAGCAGAGGGCACCGCUGCACUACUACGACCAGCAGUCCAUGGCCGCCAUGCUGAAGCAGACUUCACACAACGUGGACAGAGAGACUGAACUCCUGCAGGGCCUGGUCAGAGACGGAGCCAUCACUGACCUGACAGGGGGCAUUCACUGCUCCUUCUGCCCCCGCUGACCCCAAGGCUUUUAACAAUAUAAAGAACUUCCCUUUUCUGUUUUUAAGAGCGAAGUACACACUUGACAUAAACAGUGAAAAGCAACGGCAAGAGCAAAGGACUUACAAACAUUUGAGAAGCAGGGAAGAAAAGAAAAAAGAAAACGGGUGAGAGAAAACUUGGCACAUAGACAGAAAUAAAUCCAGCCCAAUUGAUGUCAUUUUUGUAACAAAGUGCUUCUUGAAGAACAAGGGACAUAACAACUACAGUGCCCUCCUAACCUUUAACUGAAGAAACAUUACAUUCUUAUCAUGAGACAAAUGUUUUUCUCAAAAAUAUAUGUGCCACAAUUAUUGGCACCCCUUCAUUUAAUAUUUUCUAGGGGUGCCAAUAAUUGUGGCACACAUGUUUUGGAGAAAAAUAUUUAUUUAAUGUCAACAUUUUUUUUUUUUUCCAAUAAUUUUACUUCAAUGAAAAGGUAAGAUUUUUCUGAAUAUUUUGAGUGAAAGACCAAGAGGAUAAACAGCAAAGACAUUUUUCACAGCUUGUUUUGCUCAUAUUCACUAAGGGUUACAAUGAUUCUGGAGGGCACUGUAAAUUGAAGUUACUCUGGUGAUAUUGGUGCCUCUUGGGCUUUACAAGUUUUUAAAAUUGCAAAAGGUAAAAAGGCAAUUUUAAAAUGUCUGAAGAAAUGGCCUCAUAGCAGCAAUUUGAUUAAUCUGUCCCAUAGACUUUUAAACCAACCAUUUAAUAAAAUUCCUUCUGCUGCUUCAGUUGUUAAUACAAUAUUUUCUUAUUUGCAUCAUAAAAGUUCUCCCAAGCACUGUGAUUUAAAACAGUUCUAUCAAAACCUUCCUAGUAAGCAGACUAAACUGAGCCAAAACUGUUCUUCCACUGGAUCGAAAGACAUUUUGUCCACAUUCAAAUAUUGAAUGACAUAGUAAGAUAUGUAAAAAUGCAAUUUGAAGAAGUAGAGCAUGUUAUUUAUGUAUGGUAACACUGGAACAAAACAAAUCUUUAUUUCAUUUAAUUUGUUUUAAAUAUUUGAAGUAUAUGAAAAUGUAUUUCUUCACAGUUUUAUUUGUAAUUUUUAAAGGUGUUGGGAAAAAAAGAUGGGAUUUCUGUGUUGCCUACAGAAUGCUGAUAGACUACAAUAUUUGUCAUUCCACUGUAAAUAAGCAGCAAAACUACUUAGCAAUUACUGUUGUUAGUUUUCUCUGCGCUGCUAAUGGUAGAACUUUGUUUGAUGAUUCACAAGAAUUCAGAUUUUUGUAUUUUACAACUGCACCUUGUUUAUUCUGCAGUACUCCAAAAUGGUUGAUCCGUAAAACAAAUUGUGCACACAUGAAAUGUGUCAUUUAUGAAUUGUCUUUUGUUUUUUAAGGUCAUGCAUCAUUCUCAUUGUUUGUGUUGCAGUUGAUAACAUUUACACGGCACACAUAUACUCGUUUUUGAGCUAACGCUCUCAAUUUCAUCCAUAUCACAACAUAUUGUUCUUUCAUUUCAGGGGAGAUUGUCGGUACUUGUGUUUGACUUUUGUUAUUAUUAAAUAUGCUAAGA